UUAUAUACCCCGAUGCUCAGUGAUUAGAUUCAUUUUAUUAGUUGUAUUGAACUUUUAAUAAAUCAAUUAAUAAUUAAAAACUUUAAGAUAACGGCCAUGGAUCUACAGUUUUUGAAGAGCAUUCGAAGUUUUACCGUUGACUUUUACAAAACGUUGAGCGGUCAAGAAUCAAAAAAUGUCGUUUGUUCACCCUUGUGCAUUCAUUUUGCGAUGGCAUUAAUCGGGUCUGGUGCAAGGGGCAAAACUCGAAAAGAUAUGGGCAUCUCGCUUUACUUCAACGACGCCAUUGAUGGCGCGAUUGCGAAUUUCAACAGGUUGUUCCACGAGCUGACCGUUACGAAUCUGAAUAUAUACGAUAACUGUUAUGAGCAACUUUAUCUAGCUAACCGAAUAUACAUUCAGAACGUUAAGAAUACUGAAAUCGUUGACGGAUUCAAAAGUACCAUCAACUCGCAACUUCACGUUAGAUGCGACGUUAUGGACUUGCAUGAUCGCGAGGAAGUGGCUCGUGUUACAAAUGUUUGGUGCAAAAAGAAAACCGAUGGCAAGGUUAAUAAUAUUGCGUCCUCAAGUAUGUAUUUUAUUGAAAUUUUAAUUCGUUGA